GAGACGCGACUAAAAACCAGCUGUGCUGUGCAAACGUAAACAUCAGAAACUGCAUUCAGAAUUCAAAAAAUAGUCAUAGAAAUUGCAAUUUUUCAAAGCUUAAUGCAAAAUUAAUCGCGUUUAGUUGUGUUUAUCGCCUCUCGAGUGUAACUGUGACUAAAAAUGGUGCAUUACUGAGAAUCGUCUUCGUGGGGGAAGGAAAAAUCCGCACUACAGUUGGAAAGCAGCUUUUCCUGGUUAACGAAAAGAGCGGAAACCGAAACAGGGCUCCCCAAACAAAACGCACAUACCCCGAUUUCCGAGAUAUAGGAAUAGGAAAUUCAAGAAGCAAUACGGAUUUACCAAUCUCAGACAGCCGAAGAUGAUUACCCUGACGCGGAAGAAAAAGGAAUCCAGCAGCAACUCGAUAGCCGAUUCGACGAAACGCAUUUCGAUACGGGAAUUUCUACUGGUGAAGGAAGUGCAGGAACUGGAGCAGAACCUACCGAGCACCUGCAAGAUCAGCUUUCAGGAUCCGAACGUGCUGAGUGAUUUCACGCUGGUCAUCUCGCCGAACGAGGGCUUCUGGCAGGGUGGCCGGUUCAAGUUCAGUAUUCAUGUGCCCGAGGAGUAUAAUAUGGCGCCCCCGAAGGUGAAAUGCCUCACAAAGCUGUGGCAUCCGAACAUUUCGGUCGAGGGAGACAUCUGCCUAUCAUUGCUCAGACUGAACUCGAUAGACGGGCUCGGGUGGGCCCCAACGCGGCGGUUAAAGGACGUCAUUUGGGGCCUAAAUUCACUAUUCACGGACCUGCUUAACUUUGACGACCCGCUCAACAUCGAAGCAGCGGAGCAGUACUCCAAGGACAAGGACAAAUUCCAGGCCAAGGUGCGGGAGUAUGUUUCGGCGUACGCGCGGAGAUAAUCCAGCAGAAGCGGUGGGAUUCCAGACGAGGAGUGUGUGAUAACAAAGCAACAUAGACAUGCGACGGCGCAACGGUAGUAAGCUAAGAGUACCUACCUACUACACGAACGGGAGAAUUGAAUGCGAUAUAACUACGGCAACCAAUGGAGAACACAAUAGAGAGCCACCAGCAGAAACAGUCAAAUUCUAUCUCUGUCUUCGAUUUUAUGAUUUACUGGGAAAAAAUAGAAAUUCUGUGUUUCGUACAGUUUUUUUAGGAAAAUUUUAUGGAUUCAUCCAGAACCCUGGUGGGAGAUUUUAAUUUCAUUGGCUUUACAGGAAACAAUUUUAUCAAAAGUCAUUUCCAAAUGUGUUGAGCAUGUUUUAUUUUCAUAUUGUAAUUACGUAUACUCAUUCUAGCGAUCUAACUUAAUCGAGAAACUGAUAUA